AUGGCUGACAACACCCCGACCUCUGUGAUUCCUCCGCUGGAGCACACGGCACUGGAGGAUAUCCCUGCCAAGGUCGAUCGCCUCAGAAAGUCCUUCAGGGCCGGCCGCACCAAGCCCCUCGAGUUCCGCCUCGUCCAACUGCGCAAGCUCUACUGGGCCCUGGUCGACAACACCACUCUCAUGCAGGAUGCCCUCCUCAAGGAUCUCCGCAAGUGCAGGUUCGAGGCAACCUUCUCCGAGAUUGACUGGUGCAAGCGGGAGUGCCUCGACACCAUCAAGAACAUGCAGAAAUGGGCCCGCGACGAGCCCGUCGUCAACGUUCCCCUCGAGUUCCGCGCCAUGAAGCAUCGCAUCCGCCAUGAGCCCCUGGGAAUCGUCCUCAACAUUGGCUCCUUCAACUUCCCCUUCCAGCUCAACCUCCCCGCUGUCAUUGGCGCCAUCGCCGCUGGAAACUGUGUUGUCCUCAAGGCUUCAGAGUCUUCCCCCAACUGCGCCAUGGUCCUCAAGAAGAUCUUUGACGAUUCACUGGAUCCAGAGUGCUAUACCUAUGUCAACGGUUCCCUCCCUGAGACUCAGCGUCUCCUCGAGGAAAAGUUUGACAAGAUCGCCUUCACUGGCGGCAAGACAGUCGGCACGAUCAUCGCCAAGAAGGCCGCAGAGACCUUGACUCCGGUCCUCCUCGAGCUUGGCGGCCAGAACCCGGCUUUUGUCACCAAGAACGCCAACCUCAAGCUUGCUGCUAGACGAUUGCUCUGGCAAAAGGUUCUAUGUGCUGGCCAGGUCUGCAUGUCUCACAACUACAUCCUUGUCGAGAGGAGCGUUCUGUCAUCGUUCCUCGGUGAGCUCAAUGGCCAGCUGCGCACCUUCUUCCCCAAGGGCGUCAAGAACAGCCCAGACUACACCCGUAUCGUCAACAUCGGCCACUUCAACCGCCUCAAGAAGAUGCUUGACUCGUCAAAGGGCAAGAUCGUCCUGGGCGGUUCUAUGGAUGAGUCUGAGCUCUUCAUGGAGCCGACAGCUGUCCUGGUCGAUGAUAUCGAGGAUAGCAUGAUGGUGGAGGAGUCUUUUGGCCCCAUCUUCUCUAUCAUGGCAUUCGACUCUCUCGACCAGGCUAUCCAGAUCGCUAACCAGGUCGACCCGACACCCCUUUCUCUCAACACCUUUGGGUCUGAUGCCGAGAACAACAAGGUCCUGGAAAACGUUACCUCGGGAGGUGCCACCUGUAACGAUUCCUUCUUCCACAGCCAGAUCCCCCAGUCCCCCCUGGGCGGUGUUGGCCAGUCCGGAAUGGGUCACUACCACGGCUUCUACUCGUUCAAGACCUUCAGCCACCAGCGCGUCAUCGCCCAGGUGCCAUAUUGGGCCGACUUCCUUCUCCGUAUGCGCUAUAUGCCCUACUCGUGGCCACACCUGAAUCGACUCAACGCUUUCGCCCCGAAGCCCGACUUUGACCGCAACGGCAACAAGACCAAGGGUCUCAAGUAUAUCCUCGCCCUGACCUGCGGCCUUGGAUCGAGCAAGACAAAGGGCGCUCUGUUAAGGUGGGCUAUCCUCGUAGCAUUGGCUGCGAUCCUGGAAGUUAAGAGAGGCACUGUGAGCCAGUUGCUCACACGAUCGUAA